AAUCUUGAUGCCUAUAUAAACUUUCUGCUAUCAAAGUUUCUGUCACCAGUUUUCGUCCAAUUCGUUUUUUGUAUUCCGUGUGUUUAUGUAGCUCUUGUGUUUUUGUGAUUUUUCCACUUUCUAAUUGAUUCAUGACCACGUACUUCUGGGUUUUAGGAGCCGGCUGACUUCAUUCUGAUGAACUUUUAGAGAUAUUUAUGAUUUGGCUUGAUCAACAAUUUCUUCAUUUUGUCUCCUCCUGGAUUCAUCAAAUAUCAUCAUUAUCCAAUCUUUUUUCCCAGAUUUUCUCUUCAAUGAUAAAGAAUGAGCCUUUUUACUUUACAACACAAUUAUCAAAAUUAUAUUUGGAACCGGACCUUCGCAAAAAAACUAACCCCAUGUCCUGUUGCUCUAAUCUCUGUUAGUAGCGGGAGCAGUUUUUCAAGGAGACCAACAACUGUCUCGUGCCUCCACAAUCUCUCUCUCCUCUCUCUCCCACUCUCUUUCUCUCUCUAAACCUUUUCAAACCCACUCCUAAAUAUAUGCAACCCCCUCUAAAGUGAUCAACCCAACUGUCAUCUGGUGGUUACUAGUUCUUCAACUUCUCUCCUUCACAUUUUCUCUCUUUCCCAUUAUUCCUCAAAGCUUCAGCUGCAAAUGAAGCUGGUUUUCCCUGCUACCAUUUUGUUCUUUCACCUUCAAAACAAUCCAAAAUUUAUUCCGCAAUUGUAGACAUGUUCGACAUCUUAUUCGGGUGGCGAAGGGCUUCGAAGUGCAAGAGGCUGAUCAAAGAGGUGCACUGCCGGCUCAAGUUGUUGAAAAACAAGAGGCAAGCAAUUGUCAGGCAACUACGUCAAGACGUGGCGGAGCUGAUCAAACACGGUCACGAAGACAAAGCCUUCAACAGGGUUGAGCAGAUAAUCAAAGACGAAUCCAUAGUGGCAUUAUAUGAAGUGUUGGACAAUUUCUGUGAAUUCAUCCUCAUCCACCUUCCUUACAUCCGCAGACACAAGGACUGCCCAAAUGACAUAAAUGAAGCAGUUUCAAGUCUUAUAUAUGCUUCUGCAAGAUGUGGGGAUCUGCCUGAGCUUAGGGGGAUCAGGAAGCUAUUCGGAGAACGUUACGGGCAGAAAUUCACAAUGAGUGCUCUUGAACUACUCCCUGGGAAUCUGGUGAGCCGUGAGGUAAUAGAGAAACUCUCCCAAAAGUCAGUAACAGAUGAUAUGAAGCAUAUAUUGGUCAGUGAAAUAGCAAGAAAUUACUGCAUCAAACCACAGGUUUUAGCUAUUGAGUACUAUUCAGAAUGGCAACAAAAGGUGAAGGAAAUUAGUGGACAUCAAGUACUGGAUGCAGAUUAUUAUGGACGAACCAAAACAUCUGGAAUGCAAGUUUUAAACGUCGAGGAAAUGGAAAGAGAAGCCGUAGAUGCUGAUUCUAAUGUAUCUAGAACUUCUGCUAGUUCUUCAUUAGUUAUGCCACUGAUUGAAGGGAAUUUUUCUGAAGCUGGUUCUCCAAAUAUAUCAGCUCCGGGCACUGAAGAAAGUCGGAGCAGUACUUCUGGUAGCACAAGUCAUGGUACAACAAGAGAUGGAGAUAUUGUGAUUUACCUUGAUGACAUAGAAGAGGUUCAGUUUUCUACAACAAGAGAUGCAGACUCCCAGGACCAAAGACUCUUCAAGUUCAAAGGUAUCGCACCGAAGAGGGAGAAUCUUGAAAGCAGUUGUGAUCUCAGUUAUGUGGAAUGUUAUGAGACUUGGAGUGAGAAUUGCGAGUCAAAAAGCCCAAGGAGAUCAAGGUGGAAGGGAAGUGGGAAAAGACCGAGGAAGAGAUCGAUUUCUCAGGAAAAUCAAUGCUUUAAGGAUAAUGAAUGUCUAAAUUACUAUGGCAGAAAGCAUCAAGAAGUUCAACCGUGGAAGCAAAAGAGAGGGAUUACAGCUAGGGUUGGAUUUCCAACUUAUGGACAUGAACAAUUGAACAGGGGAAUCGAAUGGCCUGCAGUGCGUCCAGAGCCAAUGAGGAGGAAGAGCUAUGGCAAUGAAGCAAUGAUGUACAACGUUUUCACGUAUCCGGAUCAUCAGCAUCCCACUAUGCAAAACAAAAUGCUCGAAGGAAGAGUAGAGGAAUCGAGUUUUCGAUGCAGGCGUGCCUCAUAUAGUUCCACAUCUCCACAUGUGACUAAUUCUUGGAGUGCAAGAAAAGGAACACUACCUCCUUAUUCCAGAGCCGUGACAAUGCCGCCCGAAAGAGCUAAGGACAAUCACAAAGAUGACUUCCGACGAUCAUAUUCCGAUGCCUUCCAGUAUCCUACUCAUGUCCACCCUAAGCUGCCUGACUAUGAUGAUAUAGCAGCUAAAUUCAUGGCACUGAAGAAAGAGCGUCUGCAAAAUAAGCAUCGUUGCAACAACCAGAAAAUUUAGCUUACAACAAAGUAGUCUGCACUAUAUAGGAUCACUAGCUGUGCAAUCUUUCAAUUUAUUUUCACAUUUCAAGUCUUUUCAGGAUUUCUUAUUUUAAAUUCCCAUGUAAUAGAGAGUCCAAGACAAUGUCUAGAACAACUUGUUCUCAUCAUUCAUUUUAUUUGGUUAUUUUAUAGCGAUAUUACUGGGUUACGCUAAGAAGAAAGGGAAAUAUUUAAAGUUUAAACCCGGGACCCAGUUUAUUAUUUGAUAUAGAUUUUUGUUUGAUUAUUUGAGUCCCAAGCGUGGGCUGGUGGCUUAA